AAGCGCUUCCCCGCUGCUGUGCUCCAGCAGAUAAAGGUGGCCCCGCCAGUUGCGCUGCUCCUAGCCAGCUCUGCGCGCCCUGCCCGUCAUGUCCCACACCUGCGCGCUGCUCGCCUGGGCCCUCCUCGCCCUCAUCGGACUCGAAGCAGCUCAAAGUAAAGAAACCCCAUCCUGCUGCGGCCCCAUCGUGUCCCGGAGCGAGUGGGGGGCCCUGCCAUCCGAGUGCUCCCAGCGCCUAAGCCAGCCGGUGCGCUACGUGGUGAUAUCGCACACAGCGGGCAGCAACUGCGACACCCCGGCCUUGUGCCGGCAGCAGGCCCAGAACGUGCAGCACUACCAUGCGCGCACGCGGGGCUGGUGCGACGUGGCCUACAACUUCCUGAUUGGAGAAGAUGGGCUCGUAUAUGAGGGCCGUGGCUGGAACAUCAAGGGCGACCACACAGGCCCCACCUGGAACCCCAUAUCCAUUGGCAUCACCUUCAUGGGCAACUACAUGGAGCGGGUGCCCCCACCACGGGCCAUCCGGGCAGCCCAGAGUCUGCUGGCCUGCGGUGUGACUCUAGGAGCCCUGAGACCCGACUAUGAGAUCAAAGGACACCGGGAUGUGCAGCAGACACUCUCUCCUGGUGACCAGCUCUAUGCAGUCAUCCAGAAUUGGCCACACUACCGCGAGUGAGGCCCCCCACCUCAUGCCUCUCUCCCCAAAAGCUGGAAAAACCCCUGCCUCCUCCUCCUUCAAAAAAGAUGAGGGCUAGGGAUGUAGCUCAGUGCAAGCACAAGGCCUUGGGUUCAAUCCCCAGCACCGCAAAAAAAAAAAAAAAAAAAA